CGACUUUGGCUUUGGCGAAGCUACAGUUGAUCAGUGACUGAGCUUCGGCCCAGAGGGAGCGAGAGGAAAGCGAGGGAGGGAGCGAGGGGUUCUGAGCGGCGGCAGGACACAGCUGCAGACAAUCCCAGCGACGUACCAAUUGCCACUCCCGUCCCAACUGGCGAGGGGGAAGGACGCAGAAGUGGUUUAUGGAUCGCCUUCGGGAGGCGGCGAGGCAGUGGGCAGUGUGGAUUCCUUUGAGGAAGCGUCGCGACACUCUGGUGUGCGCUGAAUGGAAGGAGAGAGAAAGGGGAAGCGAUUUGCUCCGAGGUGAUGCGUAAAUGUGGCUGAGGGUAAAGUUUUGUGUGACAUUUCGUUAUUGGCCGUUUUGAAACGAAGUGGAAGUGGAAAGUAAAGCAGAGGACGAAGAAAGGCCGUACGCGAGAGGUCCUUGCACGGUGGAGGAAACGGGUGGCAGUGAUGCAGCGCGGUUAAGAUUCAUUGUGCCAGUGCAGGGAGUGCCUCAUUCAUGCUGCUAGAAUCAAGACGUGCACUUGUGUUGUUGGCUUGUGCCGCGCGCUAGACUUGGUCGGCGGAGGUCUGGUAGUGUCACGAAAUAUUAGUGGUGUUGUGGCUGUGCCGCAGAGGCUGAGUGAUUUCGGCCGGGACAAGGAAGCCGAGAUGCAGCGCUUGCACAUGAGGCAGGAGUGCCAUGGAGGCGAUGAAUAAGCGACUCGGUUUGAAAUGGGAGUCGCGUGGGGAGUGAACGGAAAUCUCGUGGAAUCCUUGUGCCUUGGAAAAUCAUCUCUGCCGUCACUGAUGCCGUGGGUGUUACGUGAAAGAGCACGGAAUGAGAAAGAAAUUUUAUGUGGCUCGUGAAAGGAAGUGCCGCGUUUGUGCGUGCGUGUGUGAAUGUCAGCCUCGACAGCAGAAUGUGAACGUCCGGAAAAAUGGCGGGAAAGUUGGUCACUUCUGCCUGAUAUUGCAGGUUCGCGGAGAUGUGUGCGCAGUGCCGUCGGUAAUUUCCCGUAACCGAUCGACGGUGAGGUCAACACCUGCAAUACCUCCGCGCGGUCGACUAACGACUCGAGCUCGGAUUUUUCACAUUUUUCUACCGUGAAAAUGAAAGAGAAAAUACGUUCUCUAGGAUCUGACAGUGGCUGGAAAAAACAGUUAUCAACUCUGGGAAAAGGGAAAGGUAUACGCCAUGGUCGGCUCUGGAAAUCAAGCGAAAAGAUCGAAAUCCGAAGAAAAUAAACCGAGGAGAAGCACGUUGGCGAGGGAGCUGCGAGUAUGGCCUGGCCUUGAGAUGGGCCAGGGCGCGAGCCAGGGGUCAGAGCCCCUCCUGUGCUCCCCCUCCGCCCCCCCGUGUGUCAGGAUGGCGGGGAUGCUGUGCGUGAAGUGCGCUCGUGUGUGCUACAGUGUGUGCGGUCUGUGCUGCUGCCGGCUGUACAGGAGGUGCGGAUGCAGAAGAUUCCACAUGGGUUGGCUGCAGUUGAGGCGCUGGCUGUCCUUCCUGCCUGCGGCCUUCGUCGUGUACAUCCUCCUCCACUACCUCGUGUACCAGCCCGACAUCUCGGGUCCCCACGCCGUCCUGGUGACGGAUGGCCGGAGCAACAGCAGUUUGGUGGGCGGGGCGGGAGGAAGGACGCUGCAGAGCGGCCCUCGCGUCUUGCCCCAUCUCUCGUCGGACUCGCAGGACGUCUUGCAGGACGCCCCGAAUGCCCCCGCGAACGCUGCAACGCCUUCAGCCGGCCUGGAGGAGAGCGCCGCGUCGCUAGGCGUGGCAGCGUCGGCAGCGGGCAGUGGGCAUCUCCAGCCGGAGGACAACACGACGGCGUUUCAAGGUAGUGGUGGCGCCGCGCUCCUCGACACUGACUCCCCCAGUCUAGCCAGGUUUGACAGCAUGCCUCGUCGCCUCGGGGCACAGGACCUCUUGAAGGAGGCGUCCCCCUACCCCGAGGAGAGCGAGGCUGUCCUCCUCAGGAGCGGCGGCUUGAUAGGCUCCGGCCCGUCGGGCGCGGGCAGCGGGCCGAGCGGGGUAGACGUGAGGACUGGGUCGGCGAGCAGGCCGCCUCCCCCCGCCACGGUCUCUCAGGGGCCGCCCUCGGGCUCAGCCUCAAGGGCUGCUGUUGAGGACGACCUGAGAGCCGGGUCUCCGGAGGGCGUGAGUUCGGCCGCCAUCCCGCCCUCGCCCUCGCCCCGCGAUGCCCUGCUCCCACCCGUCCGAGGUGCCGUCCCUGUCCGUCCCACGCCGCUGCCGCGCCGUGAGGUUUUGUCCGUGGAAGCCGCCGGGAGGCCGAUGCCCAUGGACCCCGACCCGCCCUUGCCGCCCGCGCACGCCCUCCCGGAGUACAUGGGCCAGGGCGGCCUGCGCUUCGACCAGCGAAGCGUGGAUUACCACUACCCCGCUGUCCACGGGGCGUACGAGGGCGAGUACGAUGCCUACGGCCAAGACAAGCCCGGCUACGGCCCCGAGAUGCCACUGCCGAGGACCUACUACGCCCACAGCCAAGUAAUGGCCGAAAUGGGCGGCCUGCAACCCCUAGGCGGCAACAUGCUGUCCCCGUCUUACGAAGCGUUCGGCUACCCCGACGAGCGCGACCUGGCCAUGGGUGCGAACCCGCCCGCGCAGGCAGUUCUGGCGCACCAAGCUCAACCGUCUGAGGGAAACAACAAGCCACCUGCGAGUCCCCAGGAGAAAGGGUCCCAGCCACAAGCAAAGGGAGUGGCAGGACACACAGAGGUGCGGGUCUCUUCAACAAUGAGAGCUGUUUCCUCAUCAUCUUCGUCUUCUGUGGCAACUAAGGGAGCUGGACUCCCUCACCAGUCCUCGCCUGCUGGACUGGCAGCAGCCCAGAGCCAGCCACAGCCACCUCAUAUGGUAGUGGUGGAAGGCACAGGCUCUGUGCCACAGGUUCGGCAGUCUAAAAAGACUACUGUGGUCAAAAAGAGCAACAUUGCAUCUUCAACUGGGCUUUCUAUUAAUGCUUUAAAGGGAAAGACAAAGGUUGGAGAAAAAUACGAAUCAGGGUUCAAUGUGCCCCAUGAAGAACUAUGUCCCAACAACGGAAGAGAACUUAAAGUGCUAGUCCUCAUCACAACGGCCCCAGAUCAUGAAAAGCACCGUACAGCCGUCAGACAGACAUGGGGCCAUUUUUCGAUCAGAAAAGAUGUUGUAAUGGCCUUUAUGAUAGGGAGAACCAACAACCCUACCAUUCAAGCCAAUAUUGAUAGAGAAAACGAACUGUAUGGCGAUGUUGUGCAAGCAAACUUUAUAGAUCACUACAGCAACCUUACUUUGAAGACAGUGUCAAUGUUUGAGUGGGCCAAGACAUACUGCUCAGAAUCACAUUUUAUUUUAAAGACAGAUGAUGAUAUGUUUAUCAAUAUGCCUUUACUCCUCACUUUCAUCGACUCCAAGAUUAAUGACCGUCGUGUCAUGUAUGGACGGCUUGCCAAGGGCUGGAAGCCUGUUCGGAAUAAGAAGAGCAAGUACUACAUUGACACUAGUACUUACAGUAAGACUAGAUAUCCAGAUUUCCUCACUGGGCCUGCCUACCUCUUCACCAACGAUGUGGUCGAUGACAUCUAUCAGAAAGCCCUUGGCACUACUUUCUUCGUAUUAGAAGACGUGUUGGUGACUGGAAUUGUUGGGGAGAGUUUAAGAAUUAAGAGAGUAGGAGACUCACGAUUUAGAAAUGAGAAGAUUAAAUUAACCGAUACAUGUAGUCUAAUGAAAACAAUUUCAAUCCAUAUGGUUAAAUAUGAAGAACAGUUUGAUAUAUACAAACGGACACUAGAUGGGAAGGCGAAAUGUAAAACUGGAUAGUAAACAUUAGGCAAGCCCUUGCCAUUCCCCAGAGGCAAAGGCUCAAUAUUGUCAGGAAUUGUUUACCAUGUGAUAGAUAAAAUAUGAUUUAUGCUCAAAACAUGGCUCUUUGGAAGUCUGUGAUUCUCCAUUUCAUAAUGUAAUGGAAGUCAAUAGACAGUUUCAUUAAUGUCUAGUCCUUCAUUGCAUGUGGUAAUAAGGGAAAGCAAUGUCUUUGUGAGCUCUGGAGUUGAUUUUUGAAAAGAAAAGUACAGAAAAGUGAGAAUGGAACUGCCAGUGAGCUGAAGUGCUGGAAAUCAGAGCCAAAGAUGAUCCAAUGGUGAGAAGUCAUACAGAAUGUUGUGAGAAAUUUGUGAAUUUGUCCUUGUAAGUGUAGAGACUGAGAGCUCCCACUUUGUCCAAACUUCAGAAAAUUGAAAUAGAGCCUUUUGUGGUAUGCUGAAUAUUUGAGAAUUAACACUUGAUUAUUUUAGUGAUAGAAAAUGAACAAGAAGGACUGAACACUUUGCUAUCUGUGAUCUGAAUCCGUUUUCUCAUUGCUUUCUCAAGUUGUUUGGAGUGACCUAAGUCAGCUUGCAGUGUUUUUAAGAUGUUCCUAGUGUGAGAAAAUAUGGUCAGGGUUAAUUACUUGCACAAGAAUUUUCAGUGUUAUGACAUCAUAUUUGCACAAAGAUUGAACUGUAUUUGUAGUAUUUACUAUGGAUAAUACCCAGGUGGUAUUAGACUCAUUAAAUUGUAUAUUGUAUAUCA